GAGAGAGAGAGAGAGAGAGAGAGAGCGGGAGGGAGGAUGGGGACCCGGGAGCUGCCGCUGCCGACGUGCUUCGAGCUCCUCCUCGGCAAAGAGCGUGACCGGUGGCCGCUGGAGGCCAGGCUCAUCUGCGCCGCCCACGACGGCAGCGUCCGCAAAAUCAAGAAGAUCGCAAAGGAGCUGGACGUGCAUGGGCACGGGAUCCCGGUGACGGUGGCCAACACCACCUACAUGGGAAUGAACGCGCUGGACGCCGCCGGCGGCCAUGGCAGCCUGCCGGUCUACCGGUACCUCGUCGAGGAGGUCAAGAUGGACGUCGGAAACCCCGACACCGCUCAGGGUUUUACGCCCUUGGAGUAUGCUGUCCAGAAUGGACACCUCCCUGCCAUCAGGUACCUUGUUGACCACGGCGCCGAUCUGCACCAGGAACGUUCCACCCUCACUCUUCUUCAUACAGCUGCAGUUCAUGGGCGGUCUGAAAUAGUAAAGUUUCUUCUUUCUAAAGGAGCUGAUGUUGAUGCACUAUCAGAUGCUGGGACACCACUCACUCUUGCUUCUCUUAGAGGACAUGCUAGUAUUCUGAAGAUCCUUUUGCAGCACAAUGCAGAUCCCAACAAGGGUAAUGGUGUGUUUGUACCUUUAGACGUGGCAUUAAACAAAUCCUUUGUCUCCUGUGUGAAGCUAUUGGUUCAGGGUGGGACUAAUGUGAACGGCGAUAAUCCUUUGGCAAAGGCUGCAGAGAAGGGCCUAACUGAAGCUAUUAAGUGUUUGGUGGAAGCUGGUGCAAACCCAAAUGUUAUUGACAGGUUUGGUAGAUUGCCAAUAGAGUUGGCUGCUGAGUAUGGUACACGAGAAGAUGUCGAGAUUCUCUUUCCUUUCACCUCUCCCAUUUCAACUGUGGCCAAUUGGACUGUUGAUGGAAUCAUUAAGCAUGUGGAGAUGGAAAUCAAGCAACUUGAGGAUGGUAGUUUUGUGAAAAAGAUGUCUGACUUAAAACAACAAGGGGAUGAAGCAUUUAAGAAGCAGGAUUAUCAAAAUGCAUCAGUGUUCUACACACAGGCACUGAAGAUGGAUAACUUCGACGCCAAGCUGUUAUCAAACAGGAGCCUCUGCUUGCUUCGCAUGGGUGAAGGGCGAAGGGCUUAUGAGGAUGCAGCUGAAUGCACAAAGCUGCGCCCGAAGUGGGCAAAGGCGCACUAUCGGAAAGGGGCAGCUCUAAUGUUCAUGAAGGAGUAUGAUGCUGCGUAUUCCUCACUCUCGCGGGCUCUGGAGUUGGACCCGGAAAGCGAAGAGAUCGAGAAACUAUUCUGGGAGGCGAUGGAGCUGAAGUGAUCAUCUUGCAACUGCGGAGGGAAGCUCAGGCAGAAUGGGAGCUCUUUCGUGUGUGUGUGUGUGUGUGUGUGUGUGUGUGUGUGUUUUCUCAGACAAAAUACUGAACUUUUAAUUAUGGCGCCUUUCUGUGCGCGAUUCAUGGAGGACCUUAGCAGAUGCUUAGGGCAAACCAUGUUGCUGGCUGCUUAUUUUGAGUUCUCUGAAACUUGCAUCUUGUUAGUAUGUGGAAGUGUGGCAGCAGUGGAUGAUGAAAUUCCUAACUGUGCUAGAGUGAAAUGUUUGGCAGAAGAUCAGUAUAUUCAGACCUUAUUGUGUUC